AUGGAUAUAAAAAGAGUAAGUAAAUAAAACGAUCUACAUCUUGUUUUAUGUCGUUGUAGAUGAAGAAUAAGGUUGAUGACUCCAAUUGGAGGAUCACGCCCUAUCGGAAUGGGAACAGUCCGAGGUACACGUUCGACGAGAUUGUGGCUGACAGGUAUGAGAUGAAAUAAAUUUCAAUUUAAGCACAAAUAUUAUUUUAUUUGUUUCAGUUUCGACAGCGUCAAGAAGUUGGGGAUAAAUGCGAGCCAUUGCCAGUUGUAUGAAAUGUACAACCCAAAUCUGGGAAGACUUCGCCGAAGUCACACUUACAGUGCAUUGGCACCUACCAACGGCAUGAAAUUCUUGUAAAAUCAGCUACAUUAUUUCAGAGAUCAGGACUUUCGUUUUGUCAUCAAAAAUAUUUUUCCUAAAUUUCAGUGACCGAUAUGUGCCCCCAGACAUGAGACCUUACAGCCCAUACAAACCGAAGCAAUCAGAAUGGAAGCUGACUUCAGAGAAGCAGACCAAGACCAUCCACACCCCGGCCAACAUUACCUCCGACAGUCCGCAGAUCCCCCUUCCCCUCACUCAUCGCCGCCAAUACCCAGUUCCCGCUGAUCCUACAAGAUAUGAGAACUUUGCGACUUAUUGGGGAGGUCGCGCUCGGGGUUUAGAAUACACUCAGCACUCUCUGCAUGACCCUGAUUACGAUACUUACGGUACCACCGAAGAUCGGAGAUACCAUCGCUUAUAUUGGGCUCCUCAAUUAAUCGAGAAACAGCCGACGGCACGACAUGCCCGACAAGUGAUCAUGAUACCUUACUAUUAA